AAAUGUUAACUUAAUCGUGUAUAUUUUAAUAUAGUGAAUCGUUUUGUGCAAUUUGUAUAGGUAUAAAUGUAUAAUAUAUCAAUAUGAUAAACAAAUUUGUCUGUUUUAAAUUAUAAUAUAUUUUAAGCAUAUAAAAAUAAUAAUAAUAAAAAAAAAAAUAAUGAAUAAAAAUAAUGCCUGUUAAAUUAAUGUAAACUUAUUUAAUUAAAUGUGGAUAUGAAAUAUGAAUUAUGGUACUCAGAAACAGAAUAGAAAUAUAUAAGAUGAAUUAUAUCGCAUCCCCUAGGAUAAAAAUAUUAAUACAACCUACUAAGUCGUACUAUAAUUUUUAUGUUUAUAUCCUGUUAUUUGAGUAAACACACGGUGAACAUAGAACAUCGUCCCACACUAGGCUACAAGUCGUGCAUACUAGUUUAAGUACGCCUACAUUUGUUUCAUUUGGUGGGUGAUUUUAAACUUAUGACCUACUUGUAUUAAUAAAUUUUAAUUUGAAACACUAUAAUCAGCGAGAAAAUAUUGUUCAACAUUUUUAUUUUUUAUACUUUAGGCAUAAAUAUUUCUAACGUCGAUAAUGGAGUAAGCUCUAUUGCAACCAGACUAGACGGGGGUUCAAGUGUGAAAAAAACUGCAGACAUGGCGUAUGUUAGCAAACACAAUGAUUUUAAUAAAAAGCCGACAGAUGAACGCAAAUCAUCAAGCGGUUCAGAUUCUUUCAUGGGAGAUGCACGUAGACUAAGUGAAGCUGGUGUAAGACGUAGUUCAGGAAACAGUGUUGUUCUCACAGAAGAUACGGACAAAUUUAUUAUCGGCAAUCGAAUUUGGGUGGGUGGAACUAAACCCGGGCAAAUUGCAUACAUUGGUGAAACUAAUUUUGGAAACGGGGAUUGGGCUGGUGUAGUACUCGAUGAACCAAUUGGUAAAAAUGAUGGGUCCGUGAGUGGAACUAGAUAUUUUCAAUGUGGACCUAAGAGAGGCAUAUUUGCUCGUCUGACUAAUCUCACUUCUGCUCCUUUGAGUUCUGUUGAAGAUUCAAUGGUUCAAAGUUCAUUUGCCGCAACUAAACCAUUAGGGUUUUCAACUCCUAUGCCUAAACGGCAAGGUUCAACUUUAACAGCUACUAAAACUGCCGCAAAAAGUAUUAGUCAAACGCCAAUAGCUAAAAGUAGCAGUGAUUUAAAAAUUGGCGAUCGUGUUAUAAUUAGCAGUGGACAAGGAUCUAAAUUGGGAGUUCUAAGGUAUCGUGGUGCAACUCAAUUUGCACCAGGAGAAUGGUGUGGUAUCGAAUUAGAUGAUCCUCUUGGAAAAAAUAAUGGAAUUGUGGAAGGAAUUAAAUAUUUUGAAUGUGAAGAUAAAUUUGGUUUAUUCACUCCCAUUGCUAAGGUUUCCAAAUCGCCGAUGUCUGCCAGUCGAAUGUCGACCAAUUGUGCUAUUCACAAGGCAAAACGUUCACCAGGUUCUAUGAAUGGAUCUAUGAUCAGUGGUAUUACAUCAACCACCAUGUCAUCGAUACCAACUCGGCCAACAAAGGUAUCAGAUAUGGAUCGAUUAAAAUUAGAAUUAACUCAAAAGAAAAAUGAAAAUGAACUUCUUCGUUCACAAUUUAUUAAAGCGGCAAAUCAAGCCGAUGUUGCUGAAAAAAAAUUGGAAGAAACGUUAAAAGCUCAAGUUGAACAGCCGUCCGAAAUUCAAGUCAAUGGUAUAAUAAUGCUACAAAACCAAUUAGAUAAUAUAAAAAAACAAAUAGAUGAUGAAAAAGAAAAAGUUCAAAAUCUACAGUUUACCAAUGAAGAACAAAAUGUUGUAAAUAUUGAACUACAAAAUAAAAACGCUGAACUUUUAAUAAAGAUUAAAGAACUAGAUUUCGAUUUGGCUAAAGAACGAAGUCUAGCUAAAGAUGUAGAAAAAGAAAAAAUGAAAAUGUUUGAAAAAGAAGAGGAAUUAUGUAGAGUAAAAGAAGAGUUAGAAACUCUAAAAAAAUUAAUAGACAACAAUGAAGAUGAAUUACAAAAAUCUGUGUCCAAUUUAAGUUCAGAAGUAGUUGAUAAAGAAGCAAUUUUAAAUACAUUACGUCAAACAUUGAAUGAAAAUUCUCAAACCCAUGAUCGUUUAUUAAAAGAAGCUAAUGAAAAUUUAUCUGCUACCACAGAACGGUUAACCAAAGUAAUAGAAGAAAAAGAAAAAAAAAUUGAACAGAAUCAAGAGAUGAUUGACCAAUUAAACGAAGGUAUAAAAUGUUUGAGUGCAUUAAAGAAUGAAGAACAUGAUGAUAUCGUAAAUAAUCUUAAAAACGAGUUAUUAAAAUUAGAAAAUGAAUACAAAGUAAUCAUUAAUGAAAAAGAACAAGAUACUAAAAUUAUUCAAGAGAAGCAUAUCAAAAUUGAAAAUGAACUCAAACAAGAAUUAAAAAGUUUAUCAGAAAAUAAAAAUCAAGAAUAUCUUGAAAAACUUGAAAAACUUGAAAAUGUCAAUCAAAAUAUAAAUACAGAAUUAAAAGCAGCAUUAAAAUCUGUACAAGAUCAAACAACUGUAAUAGCUGAUCUAGAGAAAAAAUUUAAUGAUUUAGAACUUCAACAAGAUUCUACUAAAAAUGAAUUAGAAAAAAAACUAACUACAAAACUCAAAACUGUUGAAAAUGAAUUAACAUGUUUAAAAUCUGAAAAAUCAAUGUUAGAAGAAAAGCAUGAAAUUUAUGUGAAGGAAACAAUAAAUGCAACAAACACCUUGGACAAUAAAUUAAAACAAAAUAAUAUUUUAAUUGAAAAUCUAAAUAAAUCAUUAAAUGAGUUAACUUUAUCAAAACAAAAUGAAUUUGAUUCUAUGAAAAAACAAAUACUGCAGUUAGAAGGAGAACGGGACGAGUUAUUAAAACAACAAAGUUUAGAAUUAGCUACUAAAGAUGAACUAAUAAAUAUACUAUCCAAUAAACUUGAACUGUCAUUAACAGAGAAACAAAAACAAGAUUUAAGUAAUGCUAAUUUACAGACUGAAUUAACAAAUGAAACUACAAAGUAUCAAACAACUAUUAAAGAUUUACAAAACAAAAUUAAUGAAUUAGAAGUAAAUAUUGCAUCAAAUCAAGAAACAUAUAAAUCAGAACUAGAACUAUUAAGUAAUGAAAAACUAACAAGUACGUCAGAAAAUUUGAAUCUUUUAGAAAAAUUAAAGUCUUUGGAAAAUUCAAAGUUGAAUCUUGAAGAGAAAUUAGCAUCUAAUGAAAUAUGUAUACAAGAUAUUCAACAUUUAAACAAUGCAAUUGAAGAAAAAAAUAAAAUUAUUGAUGAUAAUCAAAUAAAAAUUAAACAGUUAGAUAAUUGUGUUAUACAAACCAAAAAUAAAUAUGAAGUUACUCUAAAACAAAAAGAAGAAGAAAUCAAGGAGCUGUUAAAAAUUGGAGAAGAAAAGAUGGAAAUAGAAAAGCUGUCAUUAGAAGAAAAAACUAAAGUUAUAUUAAAUGAUAAAGACAAAGAAACUUCAAUACUCCACAAAAAAAUUGUAGAUUUAGAAAAUAUCAAAAAAGAUUUAGAAAUACAAUUAGAAACGGGUAAAUCACUUGAACAAGAUUUGAAACAAUCAAAUGAAAUAAUCCAAGAUAAUAUUAAAACUAUUAAGGAUAACAAUUUGAAGAUUGAAAAUCUAAAUAAUUUAAUUAGUCUUACCAAAAAUGAGUUUGAAAGCAAAUUACAGGGAAAGGAAGUUGAAAUCAAAGAUUUAUUAAAAACUGCAGAAGAAAAAUUAUUCAUUGAAAAGAAACAAAUAGAAGAACAGAAUAAGGCAAUGCUGAAUGAGAAAAAUAAUGAAAUUUCCAAUCUCGUGGAAAAACUUAGUAUUUUGGAGAACACUAAAACUAGUGUUGAGCAACAAUUAAUUGAAAACAGCAAAAAACAAGAAAAUAUGAUAGCUGAACUAAAAAUAUCAAUAGAAGAGAAAACAAAACUUAUCAAUAAUAAUAAUUUAAACAUUGAACAGUUGAAUAGUUUGAUUGAAGAGUGUAAAGAAAAGUUUAAUUUAGAGUUGAAAGAAAAAGAAGACAAAAUGAAAGAGCUUAUAAAUAUGGGGGAAGAGAAAUUAACGGAAGAAAAAUUAACAUUAGAAAAACAUAGUAUGCUCAUAUUGGAUGAAAAGAAUAAUGAAAUAUCCAAACUCAUGGAAAAACUUAGUAUUCUGGAGAACUCUAAAACAAGUGUUGAGCAACAAUUAAUUGAAACUAGCAAAAAACAAGAAAAUAUGAUAGCUGAACUUAAAAUAUCAAUUGAAGAGAAAACAAAACUAAUCAAUGAUAAUAAUUUAAACAUUGAACAGUUGAAUAGUUUGAUUGAGCAAUGUAAAGAGAAGUUUAAUUCAGAGUUGAAAGAAAAAGAAGACAAAAUGAAAAAGCUUAUAAAGAUAGCGGAAGAGAAAUUAACAGAAGAAAAAUUAACAUUAGAAAAACAUAGUAUGCUUAUAUUGGAUGAAAAGAAUAAUGAAAUAUCCAAACUCAUGGAAAAACUUAGUAUUCUGGAGAACUCUAAAACAAGUGUUGAGCAACAAUUAAUUGAAAACAGCAAAAAACAAGAAAAUAUGAUAGCUGAACUUAAAAUAUCAAUUGAAGAGAAAACAAAACUAAUCAAUGAUAAUAAUUUAAACAUUGAACAGUUGAAUAGUAUGAUUGAGCAAUGUAAAGAGAAGUUUAAUUCAGAGUUGAAAGAAAAAGAAGACAAAAUGAAAGAGCUUAUAAAAGUAAGGGAAGAGCAGUUAACAGAAGAAAAAAAUAAUGAAAUAUCUAAACUCAUGGAAAAACUUAGUAUUCUGGAGAACUCUAAAACAAGUGUUGAGCAACAAUUAAUUGAAAACAGCAAAAAACAAGAAAAUAUGAUAGCUGAACUUAAAAUAUCAAUUAAAGAGAAAACAAAACUAAUCAAUGAUAAUAAUUUAAACAUUGAACAGUUGAAUAGUAUGAUUGAGCAAUGUAAAGAGAAGUUUAAUUCAGAGUUGAAAGAAAAAGAAGACAAAAUGAAAGAGCUUAUAAAAGUAAGGGAAGAGCAAUUAACAGAAGAAAAAAAUAAUGAAAUAUCUAAACUCAUGGAAAAACUUAGUAUUCUGGAGAACUCUAAAACAAGUGUUGAGCAACAAUUAAUUGAAACUAGCAAAAAACAAGAAAAUAUGAUAGCUGAACUUAAAAUAUCAAUUGAAGAGAAAACUAAACUAAUCAAUGAUAAUAAUUUAAACAUUGAACAGUUGAAUAGUUUGAUUGAGCAAUGUAAAGAGAAGUUUAAUUUAGAGUUGAAAGAAAAAGAAGAUAAAAUGAAAGAGCUUAUAAAAGUAGGGGAAGACAAAUUAACAGAUGAAAAAUUAGUUUUAGAAAAAAACAGUAUGCUCAUGCUGGAUGAAAGAAAUAAUGAAAUUUCCAAUCUCAUGGAAAAACUUAAUAUUUUAGAAAAUUCAAAGUCAAAUUUGGAGAAACAAUUGGAUAUUUACAAAAAUCAAGAACAUGAUAUAAUAAAGUUGAAGAAAGCUGUCGAAGAAAAAAAUAAAAUCAUAGAUGAUAAUAAUUCAAAGGUUGAACUUUUAAACAGUCUAAUUACGCAGACUAAGGACGAUUUUGAUGUGAGGCUCAAGGAAAAAGAAAAUGAAACCGACAAGCUUGUGAAAAUUGUAGAAGAUAAAUUGAAUGUCGAAAAGAUGGCAUUUGAAACACGUAUUAAAUCUUGUCUGGAUGAAAAAAAUACAGAAAUUAAAGUAUUAAAAAACCAAUUACAUGAGUUUGCAGAAAAUAAUACAGAAAAAGAAUUGAUGUUGAAAUUAGAAUCUAUUAUUAACGAAUUAGAAAAAGAGAAAUUACGGGCAUUGAAUUUAGAAGCACUAAAAAUUGAGUUAGAAAAAACUGUGUUACAACAUAAAACUGAAUUGGAGCUAUUAGAAGUAUCCAAAAAUAAUAUGCAAGAAGAUAUGGUUAAAACUAUUGAAAAACAACAAGGUCUUAAUGCCGAACUAACAGCUAAAACUAAAACAGAAUCAGAACGAUUAGAUACUGAAAAAUUAAACAUCCAAAAACAAAUUGAUGGACUACAAAUUGAGUGUUCUAGGCUACGAUCAACACUAGAAGAAAAGAACCAUGAAAUUGAAAAUCUAAAAGUUCAAAUGUCUCAAGAGUUGAAGACUACUGUUUCUUGCGAUGAUGAAUUGAGUCAGUUAAAAGCUUUACUUGAUAAGGGUCACAGUGCUCAAUCUCACUUGGAAUUCCGUAUUCAAGAGCUAACAGAUGAAAACCAUCGUUUGAAUGAACGUAUUGAAGGUGAUAGGAAUCUACUUCAGAAGAAUCAUAACAUUAUACAAGAAAAAUAUAACAUUGAUAAAAAAUAUGAAGAAACUUAUAAUAUUUUAAAAAUUAAAGAGAAUCAAAUUUUAGUGUUGCAAACUGAGUUGAAUUCUUGGAAAUUAAAGGAUACAGAGAAAUCCAAGAAUAAUAAUGCUCAAGAAAAUACAGAUAAAUCUGAAGCUCAUUUGUUAGCAGAGAAAAAUCAAGAAAUUAAAAUGUUGAAUUCAAUAAUAUUAGGCUUGCAUAAAAAGUUAUCUGCUGUUAUGGAAACUGAUGUUUCUGAAUAUGAAAUUGCGAAAAACCCUGAGAGCGUUUCAAAAGAAGAUUAUCAAAAGUUAUAUAAAACAGCUAAGAACAAUGUUAAACUAAAGGAGUGUGAAAAUUUAUCAUUGAAACACGAGAUUAAUAAGUUAAAAACAGAAAAUGAUCGUUAUUCUGAGUUUAAAACAAAAUGUGAAAUUUUAGAAAAUGAUAAAAAAACACUUCAAAAAUUGAUAGUUAGUUAUGACAACUCUAUUCCAACAAAUGUUAAAAGUGAUACUAAAUCUGAAACAGAAAAAAUAUUAGAGGAAAAAGACUGGCAAAUAAAUUUGUUAAAUAACAUAAUUGCUGAUCUUCAUGCCAAGGUGUCUGAUAAUAAAUUUAAAAUUGAAGCACUAGAAACACAAAUUUUAGACUCAGGAGUAGAUCAUAGUAAAAAAACACGUCUAAGAACUACUCGUCUUUAUUGUGAAAGAUGUGAAAUAUUUGAUUCUCAUGAUACUGAAGAUUGUCCUGAAAAACCAGAAUCUCCAAAAUUCCAAAGGAAACGAAGAGUAGUUAAUGAUGGUUCAAAUAAAAUGAUUGAUGAACCAUUUUGUGUAUGUUGUGAUAUGUUUGGACAUACAGCUGACGAAUGUGACAACUCAUUAACAUUUUAGUUUGGUGUGGACUAUGUUGCCUAUUGCUUGGUAUCAAAAUAAUUUAGUAAAUUAAUGUUUUUAUUAUUCUUAUUUAGAAUUAUUCAGUAAGACUGAUUUUAAGUAUACUUUUAAUUUAAUAGGUAUUCUAAGUGAGAAUUAUUUAUUUAUUUAUUGUCUGUUAUACAAUUUAAAUGUGAUAUUAAAUUUUAGGUAGUAAUUCA